AAAUUAUUUACGUCAGUCCCAUGAUGGCUGAAGAUCCUGGAGGAACAUUUUUCAAUUGCUGUCCCAACUUUUUCUCUUUCUCUUUACCUCUGCUUGUCAUAGAGACAUGGCAGGACAUACAGCCUCGAUAAGUGGCCACAGACCCUUGUUACCGUCAUGCCCAAGAAAGGGAACCGAAAACGGCUGAAAUUUCGGCCCGGGGACAUCUGCUCGGAGUCAGGUAGCUAGCUCGCUAAAGCUAACUCUUUGACCCGGCCGGAGGCCGCCGUCGGCUAUCGGUGGUGCACAGAGUGGGUGGAUCCUCGAGGACAAAGUCAAACUAUCCGAUUCUAUUACCAUCAUUGAUGAUAAAUAAAUUGCAUGUGUAUAUUCAGGAGGAUUGCAAUGUCAGAAAAAUAUGUAGGCCUAUUUUUGGUCGAUGUCAAGCAUACCCAUCAGAGGCGCAUCGCAGUGUAGCUAGUCAGUAGCGGUGCGUGGGUAAAAUCACAGGCAAGCCAAUAAAAAAGCCAUAUUACAUCCUAUGUUGUGAUAUUUGCGUUGUUUGCUCAAUAACCCAUUCGUUCAUACGUCACCGCGAUAUACAAUAAGUCCGUGACAACAAACAUACAACAGUGGCAUAAUAAAUUCAACUACACAAACAUUUGUUUCUUCACAAAACCGGAGAGCAACAUCUCAGGUGAAGUCCACAAAGCAAAUAUUGCAUGUAACAAACAGUUAAAUUAUCUGCAUCAUGGUGAAGCAAGUUAAUGUUUGACAGUACUAAACAACUGAGCAAGGCACAAAGACAACAGGAACACUGCCUCUGCUAUUCCAGCACCAUUUCAAUUUAAACAAAAUCAACAUGGCUAUAUAAUACACUGAAAACAAAUUUAAAGAUACCAAAAACAAUUGAGUCCAAUCAGUGUUGCUAAAUAUCAUGUGGCUGUCCAUGGUUCUGAUUUUUGUCAGUGUGUGCUUGCGUACAUGUGUAAGAAAAUAACAAAAGUUCACUCACCCUACUUGUAGACUAGUUGAAUGCCAAUGCCAUCCUCCUCGCUUUCAUGUUGGCAAAACGGUCUAUGGCUCUGUCAUACAGUACGCUUUUAGUUUUAGUUUUCAUAGGCUACCUAGCUAAAAUGCUUGCUGGCCUAACUUCCUCGCAUGGGCAAAAAUUAACCACUUAAGUUAGCUGGCUAGUUAACGUUAGCCUACUAGGCUACAUAUUGAACUUCAAUCGUCUCAGGCCAGUGGCACAAUAUAUGCAUUUAUGGUUAGAUCAGAAUCGGCGUCAUAAUCAUUGGCCUGUACAUAGAAUUAAGUCAAAACCACAACCAAAUCCACAUCUUAGGAAAGGGCCGAUUUAGCAAGCUAGCUACUGCAGGACAUCAACAUAAGCAGACCAGAAACAGACACGUUUGUCUCACAAUUAUGAUGUUUUGCUAGGAUGUGAUUUGACUGGUGUGAAGCCAAAUCCAAACUCACCUCCCUUGGGGGGCGUUUUGCUGUGCCAGGAUAACCCACAGUUGAGCUCAGCGCAAAGCUGAUUGGCUAAUUAUUUUAUAAAACAUUUUAUCAAGGGAGGCCAGAUACUUGCUGGCAUCAAUCAAUCAAAUGCUACUGCAGCAACAUGUCAUACUCUUUUGUUCUGGACGGCAUCAGAUACAUGGGCUACACGUACUGAGGCGCUGUUUCCCUCGGUCGGAUGAUUUCUCCAGUGAGAUUCAGCCACUUGAGAAUUUACGGACAAUUAUGAAAACAGAGCGACAAAAUAUCUUUUUUUUAUUGGUCAAAUAUUUGGGAAAGCAUGGCUUCCCUCUGCAUCCAUGAAUACACAUCACUGAGUGUAGUUUGACUUCUCAUUGUCUUCUUUUCUCUGCUGUGUUCUGAGAAAAGGGAAAGGGCGCGUUCGAGGGGAUCACUUUUGUCAAGCCAGUGACCAUCGGCUUUCAAGUGUGUUGCAUACUUUGUGCUUUCAAGACAACUGUGAACUCUGGCAAAAAAGAGGUCAAAUCAUGACGUCAGUGAUCUUCGUGUCGGAAAGUUGGAGCUCUAGAAAGAUGCCAGAGUUUCUGACUUGGAAUUCAGAGUUGGAUGACCGUUCAAUACCAUUUUUCACAGUCGGAGUUGUCUUGAACGCACUGAAGUCGGAGAUAUUGGGGUUGGAGACGUUUUUAUUUCAACAUUAUAAACAAUUGCAACACUGCCAUGUUGCAUUGAGCCUUGAUGUUGAUGUGUCCGACUUUUGGCUGUCGCAGAUGCACCGCUCCCCUGACUUCAGCUGUCGCAGAUGCACCGCUCCCCUGACUUCACUGCUUGACUUUCGUCUACAGUUGGUUGCUUUCGCCUUAGAACUCAAAUGAGCCCAAAGAAAAGCCAUGUUCGAGCCUAUCAAAUCCAUGUUGCAUUGUGGGUAAAUUGUGACUGAUUGACUGACUGAUCUACAAGUAGUUAUUUAUGAUGCAAGGUGAUUUGUAAUCAGUCAGUAGGCAGUCACCUGCAGUGUCGAACAAGCCAAAAGUGACUGACAUAAUGCCUAACCAGUGUUUUCAGGUCACUACAGACAAAGGAAAAGGGAUGAGGGGAGAAAGAAGUUGUAGAAAGAAGUUGUUUAGGACUAUUGAGAUGCAUCCCAUGCCACCCUAUGCUAUUGUGUGCGCUUGGUAAACCGUAUAUUCUCCCCUCUCAUGCAGUGACGGUCGCUGAUUUCGCCAAUGCUGACCCAGCCGUUGUGAAGUCGGGGAGGGUGAAAAAAGCUGUUGCCAAUGCAGUUGAAAAAGAAGGUAAGAUCAUCAAUCAAAAUGCUUAGGUAUGUCAAUUUGUUCUACAGACAUAGCAAUUCAUUGAUAAACCACAUUAUUGUGUUUACUAACUUUCCACUGUGCUUGUCCUGCAGUGAAGUUGUUGUGUGGACUUGAGGCGUCGCAGGGUUCCCUACAGGAGGUGUUCUCGUCAGUGUCCAGCCUCACCGGAGACACCCUGGAGAGUAGCGACGACCUCGACCCCGGGGAGGAUGGAGUGAACGAGCCUAAAGAGGCACGCAAGAAGAAAAACAAGAGAAGGAAAGGUACAUCACCUCCUGCCUCUAGUCAUGCAUUUAAAGAGAGUUGAGGGCUGCAUCUCAUUCCAGAGGGUUGCUCCCUUCCCUCUGCCCAUGUUCACGCCUUCACUGAUAUUAUACAGUGUAACUGGGUAGGUGAUAGCAAUAAGCUGUAAACUAGGCCUACUUGGAGCUAUUGUGUUCACCUAUCCAGUUGUCUCCGAUCCGUACGGGGAAGUGAACAAGGAUGGAUAAGAGUGAACAACUUUUCUGAAUAAAACACAGCCCAUCGUUUGAUUGACUGUCUGAUUUGUUUUCCCAGAGUGUAGUGAGUGCAGUGAUGGGAAGGACUACACAGUGGAUAUCUGGCUGGUGCUGGCUUCUUAUAUCCGUCCAGAGGACGUGUGCACGUUUGCUCUGAUUUGUAGAAACGCCUGGACCGUCAUCUGCACUGCUGCCUUCUGGACCAGACUAUACAGAAGGUAAAGUUAGACCCUCUCAUUGCCAUAACCUAUAUUUGAGGUGGGCUCUUGAUAAGACUUGAAUCCUGGAAAGUCAAUGCACAUUGCCCUUGACAACUGGCCCCUAAAGGAGUAGUAGCCUAGUUUCUUAUUUACAUAUUUUCUCUCCCUCUCUCUAUUCUCUCCUCUAUCUCUCACUUUCACCUCCCUUUCUCUUUCUCUCCCUCCCAUCUCUUUGUCUCUCUCUCCUUCCCUCCCUUUCUCUCCCCUCCCUCUCUAUCCCCUCUCCCUCCUUCUCUUUCUCCUUCCCUCUCUCCUCUCCCUCCCGCUCUCCUAUAGACACUACAGUCUGGAUGCUUACCUGCCGUUCUGUCUGCAGCCAGACUCCAUAGCCAGGAAGCGUUGUCUACGGGCUCGCGUGAUUCGCUCCCUCUUCCACCUGUAUGAGCCAUUCAGCUCACACGUCUCCCUAAGCCCCGCCCUCCCUGAGUCCCCGCCCACCCCUCUACUCAACUCCAAGGUAAAGAAUCAAGAUGGCGCCAAGAGGGGCAACAGGCUAGCGGUUGUGCCAAAGGACUGUAUGGUGUGUGGAGUUGUUUGAGGUUUUGGCCUUCUUUUUGGAUCCUGAGAGGGUCUGGCCACUUGAUCUGUACUAUAACUCACUAAUCCUGAUCCAUCAAGUUCUGGCUUUAAUGUGCACUUGACACUUGUGCAAUCCAAUGCUAAGAGAUGUUUUACCUGUUUUCUCCUCUGCAGUGUCUGCUGUUCUGGGUCAAUAAGGUUGUGGGCACUCGACCUGAGCCCAUGUGGGAGUUCAACUUCAAGUUUGUGAAGCCGGUAUGUAUUCAUGCCGAACUGUCUGAAGUACACUAGUGAAACAUGUUUACUUUAAAUUUGAAGUAAAACAUUUCAUUGUAAUGAAGGAUACCAUAGUUUAUGUAUGUGUGUCUCUCUCUCCUCUAGGUGGUGAGGUGUAAGGGUGGCAGUGCCAGCCGUGGUCUGCUGCUGCCCCGUCAGUAUGAGGAGGUCCAUGCCAACCCAGACUCAGACUGCUACCUGCUGCAGGUCACCACCCUCAACUUCAUCUUCACCUCAGUCGUCAUGGGGAUGACCCUUUCCCUGGUCAGUACACCACUCACUCAUCCUGGUUUUUACUCUGUUAAGACUCUGUCUCCAUCCAUUACAUUUAACAUUUUAGUCAUUUAGCAGACGCUCUUAUCCAGAGCGAAUUACAGUUAGUGAGUGCAUACAUUUUCAUACUGGUCCCCCGUGGGAAACGAACCCACAACCCUGGCGUUGCAAGCGCCAUGCUCUACCAACUGAGCUACAGGGGACUAUCCAUGAAGUUGCAUUGUUAAAGUCACAUAAUGUGGUUGUAACUGAUAGUGGGCCUGUUUUAGGAGAGGGGAACCUGUGCCUCCUUUCUAUCUAACCCACUCUGUGUCUCUGUUCCCUCUCCAGUUUAACAUCAACGUGAACGCGGACAUGCGUCACCACAGAGUGCGUCUGGUGUUCCAGGACUCUCCCCUCCAGCAGGGGAGGAGGAAAGGGGAGCAGGGGGGGACACAGGUGGUGCUGGACCCUGUACACAGCAUGAGACUCAUGGACUGGUGGCAUCCGCAGUACCCUUCCUCCCCCUACACCUAGAUCCCACCUCUCCUGUAGACCCCUCUUAUUAUCCAACAUGCUCCACACAACACCCAUUUAGUCCUAGAACUCACUGUAACCGUCUGCUCGUACACCUAGAACGCCCAACACCUCCUAACACCAAAAACCAACCACAGUACCCCGUCUCGCUGUACACCCAGAACCUUGCUUCACCUCAACCUUCAACAGCCCACAACACAGAGUCCUCUAGUGUAUUCUUUACAUUCCCCUACACCAAAAACCACCUACCUCCUCAGUACCCUAGCUCUCCAUAGACAAUCCCCCAACAUUGCCUCGGACCACCCUAUACGUUUAUGUUGAACAGCUGUAGAGACUGUAAUUUAUUUUAAUAUUUCCUCCUUUCUGUAACUGCAAAAUCUUCGUUUUAAGGGAGACUUUCGAUUUCACGUUUUGAUUUUACUAUUCUACAGGCCAAAAUGAUGAUUUGCUGCUUGCGUAAUUAUUUUAUUUGAUACCUCUAAUCAUUGGUAACUUUUAAAUUGUUAUUUUUAAAACCCCAACUCCUGAUUCGUCCCCUGUGUAUCCUCCUCAGGAAGUAAGGUCAGAUCUGAAAACUCUGGUCAGUUCUGGGGCCACUGCAUUGUAGCGGAGCAGCAUUUUAUAUCCUGUCUAUGUGUUAGAGAAUGUUUCUGAUUGGGAUUAUGAACACAAGGAGGCCAGUCUUGUAGGUAAACAAUGAUCAGUAGAAACAUGCCAAUCGUGCUUAAUUUCUAAAAAGGGGGGUAUUUGAAGAAUACCCACAGGAGACUGUAUAUCAGCUGUAUUUCAGUUCUACUAUUUACUCAAUCAUCCAAUCAAAAUGCUGUUAAGAACAUUAGUGUUUGAAUUUAGAAGUUCAUUAUCGUGUGUAGUGAAAAGCAACGUUUUUUUAUUGAUGAUCAGACUUGAAAUUGCUUUAUUGUAAAUACAUGUAUAGCUGAUUGACCUUGUGAAGGACAUGUACAGUUGAAGUCGGAAGUUUUAAGUAAUUAAAAGUAAUUAACUCGUUUUGCAAACACUCCACAAAUAUCUUUUGAACAAACUAUAGUUUUGGCAAGUCGGUUAGCACAUCUACUUUGUGCAUGACACAAGUAAUUUUUCCAACAAUUGUUUACAGACAGACUAUUUCACCUAGAAUUCACUGUAUCACAAUUCCAGUGGGUCAGAAGUUUACAUACACUAAGUUGACUGUGCCUUUAAAUAGCUUGGAAAAUUCCAGAAAAUUAUGUCAUGGCUUUAGAAGCUUCUGAUAGGCUAAUUGACAUCAUUUGAGUCAAUUGGAGAUGUACUUGUGGAUGUAUUUCAAGAACUACUUUCAAACUCAGUGCCCCUUUGCUUGACAUCAUGGGAAAAUCAAAAGAAAUCAGCCAAGACCUCAGGAAAAUAGUUGUAGACCUCCACAAGUCUGGUUCAUCCUUGGAAGCAAUUUCCGAACGCCUGAAGGUACGACGUUCAUCUGUACAAACAAUAGUACGCAAGUAUAAACACCAUGGGACCACGCAGCCGUCAUACCGCUCAGGAAGGAGAUGCGUUCUGUCUCCUAGAGAUUAACGUACUUUGGUGCGAAAAGUGCAAAUCAAUCCCAGAACAACAGCAAAGGACCUUGUGAAGAUGCUGGAGGAAACAGGUACAAAAGUAUCUAUAUCCACAGUAAAACGAGUCCUAUAUUGACAUAACCUGAAAGGCAGCUCAGCAACGAAGAAGCCACUGCUCCAAAACCACCAUAAAAAAGCCAGACUACGGUUUGCAACUGAACAUGGGGACAAAGAUCGUACUUUUUGGAGAAAUGUCCUCUGGUCUGAUGAAACAAAAAUAGAACUGUUUGGCCAUAAUGACCAUCGUUAUGUUUGGAGGAAAAAGGGGGAGGGCUUGCAAAACGAAGAACACCAUCCCAACCGUGAAGCACGGGGGUGGCAGCAUCAUGCUGUUGGGGUGCUUUGCUGCAGGAGGGACUGGUGCACUUCACAAAAUAGAUGGCAUCAAGAGGAAGGAAAAUUAUGUGGCUAUAUUGAAGCAACAUCUCAAGACAUCAGUCAGGAAGUUAAAGCUUGGUCGCAAAUGGGUCUUCCAAAUGGACCCAAGCAUACUUCCAAAGUUGUGGCAAAAUGGCUUAAGGACAACAAAGUCAAGGUAUUGGAGUGGCCAUCACAAAGCCCUGACCUCAAUCCUAUAGAAAAUGUGUGGGCAGAACUGAAAAAGCGUGCGCGAGCAAGGAGGCCUACAAACCUGACUCAGUUACACCAGCUCUGUCAGGAGGAAUGGGCCAAAAUUCACCCAACUUAUUGUGGGAAGCUUGUGGAAGGGUACCCGAAACGUUUGACCCAAGUUAAACAAUUUAAAGGCAAUGCUACCAAAUACUAAUUGAGUGUAUGCAAACUUCUGACCCACUGGGAAUGUGAUGAAAGAAAUAAAACCUGAAAUAAAUAAUUCUCUCUAUUAUUCUGACAUUUCACAUUCUUAAAAUAAAGUGGUGAUCCUAACUGACCUAAAACAGGGAAUUGUUACUAGGAUUAAAUGUCAGGAAUUGUGAAAAACUGAGUUUAAAUGUAUUUGGCUAAGGUGUAUGUAAACUUCCGACUUCAACUGUAUACAUGUUUGGCUGUGAUAACCAUCCAUAAUAUCGUUCCCCAUGUAAAGCCUGUGGAUGCUGUCUGUCUGUAUGUGAUCGGAUUGUUUGGCCAACUUCCUGCCUGCACUGAAAUACAACUGUAAAGAACCCCUUCCAUACUAUCCUGUAUUUCUCUA